UGGCCAGUUGUGGUUUCUUCACUUCCUCGGUUCAGGACGUUGCCCUGCUUGACCUGGAGCUGUCUGUCCUUCCUUCCUGUUGUCUGUCCAUCUGUCCACCUCUCCAAAGAACUGAGACUUGACCCCAGAGCAUCUGCAGAGUGAGAGGACAAGGACAUGCUCUAAAGACCUUCACAGCAAGACCCAGGAAGCCACAGGCUGAUCCCAAACUCAAGCCCUCUUGCCCGUGCCCACCAUGGCCUCUGCUGACAAGAAUGGUGGGAGCCUGUCCUCAGUGUCCAGCAGCCGUCUGCAGAGCCGGAAGCCACCCAACCUGUCCAUCACCAUCCCGUCACCUGAGACCCAGGCACCCAGCGAGCAGGACAGCAUGCUGCCCGAGAGGCCCAAGAACCCAGCCUACCUGAAGAGCAUCAGCCUCCAGGAGCCACGGGGACGAUGGCAGGACAACAGCUCAGAGAAGCACCCUGGCUUCCGCCGCCAGGCCUCCCUGUCCCAGAGCAUCCGCAAGGGCACAGCCCAGUGGUUUGGGGUCAGCAGCGACUGGGAGGGGAAGCGGCAGCACUGGCAGCGCCGCAGCCUGCACCACUGCAGCAUGCGCUACGGCCCACUCAAGGCUUCGUGCCAGAGGGACCUGGAGCUUCCCAGCCAGGAGGUGCCGUCCUUCCAGGGCACUGAGUCUCCAAAACCCUGCAAGAUGCCCAAGAUUGUGGACCCGCUGGCCCGGGGCCGCGCAUUCCGCCACCCAGAGGAGGCCGACCGGCCUCAUGCCCCACACCCGCCACUGACCCCGGGGGUCCUGUCCCUCACCUCCUUCACCAGCGUACGCUCAGGCUACUCCCACCUGCCGCGACGCAAGAGGAUGUCUGUGGCCCACAUGAGCUUUCAAGCUGCUGCUGCCUUCCUCAAAGGGCGCCCAGUGCUGGACGCUGCCAGUCAGCGGUGCCGGGUGAUCAGACGCAGCUUUGCCUACCCCAGCUUCCUGGAAGAGGAUGCGGUCGAUGGGGCAGACACAUUUGACUCCUCAUUUUUUAGUAAGGAAGAAAUGAACUCCAUGCCUGAUGACGUGUUUGAGUCUCCCCCACUCUCUGCCAGCUACUUCCGGGGAAUCCCACGCUCGGCCUCGCCGGUCUCCCCCGAUGGGGUGCAGAUCCCUCUGAAGGAGUAUGGCCGAGCCCCAGUGCCCGCGACCAGGCGUGGCAAGCGCAUCGCCUCCACCGUGAAGCACUUUGCCUUCGACCGAAAGAAACGGCACUACGGGCUGGGCGUGGUGGGCAACUGGCUGAACCGCAGCUACCGCCGCAGCAUCAGCAGCACCGUGCAGCAGCAGCUGGAGAGCUUCGACAGCCACCGACCCUACUUCACCUACUGGCUGACCUUUGUCCAUGUCAUCAUCACGCUGCUGGUGAUUUGCACAUACGGCAUCGCGCCCGUGGGCUUUGCCCAACACGUCACCACCCAGCUAAUGCUGUGGAGCAAAGGCAGCGUGAAGUACAUCCAGCAGGAGAACUUCUGGGUCGGCCCCAGCUCGAUUGACCUGAUCCACCUGGGAGCCAAGUUCUCGCCCUGCAUCCGGAAGGACCCCCAGAUUGAGCAGCUGGUGCGGCGGGAGCGAGACCUGGAGCGGGAUUCGGGCUGCUGUGUCCAGAACGACCGCUCAGGCUGCAUCCAGACCCAGCGGAAGGACUGCUCGGAGACCUUGGCCACUUUUGUCAAGUGGCAGGAUGAUACCGGGCCCCCCAUGGACAAGUCUGACCUGGGCCAGAAGCGGACAUCAGGGGCUGUGUGCCACCAGGACCCCAGGACUUGCGAGGAGCCAGCCUCCAGCGGUGCCCACAUCUGGCCUGACGACAUCACCAAGUGGCCGAUCUGUACUGAGCAAGCCAGUAACAACCACACAGGCUUCCUGCACAUGGACUGUGAGAUCAAGGGCCGCCCCUGCUGCAUUGGUACCAAGGGCAGCUGCGAGAUCAGCACUCGGGAAUACUGUGAGUUCAUGCACGGCUAUUUCCACGAAGAAGCAACACUCUGCUCCCAGGUGCACUGCCUGGACAAGGUGUGUGGGCUGCUGCCAUUCCUCAACCCAGAGGUCCCGGACCAGUUCUACAGGCUCUGGCUGUCUCUGUUCCUACAUGCUGGUGUGGUGCACUGCCUCGUGUCUGUGGUCUUCCAAAUGACCAUCCUGCGGGACCUGGAGAAGCUGGCCGGCUGGCACCGCAUUGCCAUCAUCUUCAUCCUCAGCGGCAUCACGGGCAACCUUGCCAGUGCCAUCUUCCUCCCGUACCGGGCAGAGGUGGGCCCGGCUGGGUCACAGUUCGGCCUCCUGGCCUGCCUCUUCGUGGAGCUGUUCCAGAGCUGGCAGCUGCUGGAGCGGCCGUGGAAGGCCUUCCUCAACCUGUCGGCCGUCGUGCUCUUCCUGUUCAUCUGCGGCCUCCUGCCCUGGAUCGACAACAUCGCCCAUAUCUUCGGCUUCCUCAGCGGCCUGCUGCUGGCCUUUGCCUUCCUGCCCUACAUCACCUUCGGCACCAGUGACAGGUACCGCAAGCGAGCCCUCAUCCUGGUGUCGCUGCUGGUCUUCGCCGGCCUCUUCGCCUCCCUGGUCAUCUGGCUCUACGUCUACCCCAUCCACUGGCCCUGGAUCGAGCACCUCACCUGCUUCCCCUUCACCAGCCGCUUCUGCGAGAAGUACGAGCUGGACCAGGUGCUGCACUGACGCCGGCCCAGCUGCCACUGCUCACCGAGCGCUGGUGACUCAGGGCCUGCACCUGCAGCGGCCACCCGCCCGCAGAGCCCCACACGCCAAAGGCCGGCGGACAGGGCGGGCCCCACGGGAGACGGUCGAUAAAGGCGGGUUCCUUGGGGAAGUGAGGCCCGUGUGUUCCCAGCCCCAGGCUUGGGGACACCCAGAGCACCUGCUUCUCCGGGGCUCGGGUCCCAGGCCCCGACUUCCUCCCCAUCCCCCUGUGGUAGAGACCGCCUCCUGGGGUGGUUUCUUUUCUGCCCAGGGUCCUCAGCUGCUGUCCCUGCUGGUGCCUUGCCCCCCACCCCCACCGUUACUGUGAGUGUGACCUUGCCAGGGACGUGGCCACUCCCUUGGUUGCCCCCAGGGCUGGGGUCCUCACCAUGCUCCCCACAGCCCCCUUCCUGUUUCUCCUCCUCUGUCUGCCCUGUGAGCCGACACUGCCCGUAAGGCUCCAGGGUGGGACACUGUGGGACAGGCUUUGACCGUGGUCUAGGGGGCAGAGAACAAGCAGGAGACACAGCAGGCCGGGCCCAAGAGCCUUUGCUUAUUCUGAGAAAAUGGAAGCGGGACCCCCCAGCCCUCCCCUGGGUGUUAGCGUCCCACCUGUCGGGUGGCUCUGGUGACCGCCAGCCCUGUCACUUCUGCCUCACUCACCUGCAUGGGGUCGGGGCUGAGCCACCCCUAGGACCUGCUCCCAGGGGUGCUUGGACUCAAUCAGGCCUGUUUUUUACCAGCUUAUAUUAUGGUCCUAAUGUUUAAAAGUAACGCUAACUCUGUAUGGACGAUGUCUCAAAUGUAUUAAAUGAUAUUCGUUA